AUGCUGCCCUCCGUCUUGCAUAACCAAGAGCAGCAUGAAAAACUGCAGAAGAGCACGAGUGUCGAGACUGCAGUUCCAUAUACACAGAAUGAAGAAGCUGAUGAUCUCCCAAUAGUCUCAACUCCAUGCACUCUUCAGCAGGGUUGUUCCCGCCCAAGGCACCCGGAUCGGUCCUUGUUGUUUUCAGUUGUCGCCGUUAUAUCCGUCGCAAUAUUUCUGGGAAUAUUUUCUCUAUGUAAUGCAUGGCGUAACAGCAAACAUGUAUCAGGGGCUACACUUCGUAGGUUGUCUGAAAAUGGGGACGGCGUCGACGACGAAGUGCUGGCCAUCCUAAACGGUUGCUUAGAGUUGGAGGACGAACUAGGGAUUCUGCAGCAAGGGGCGAUCUCCGAGUUGGAUGCAGACCCGCAACUGCGGGUGGGAGGACUAGUUGCGGCGUUACACUCAGCAGCCGCAGAACAUGAAGCGAUGCAAGCGAUGAUGCCGCCGUGGUACGGGAACCCCGUCAUCGACACUUUCGCUGGCCAAAUCCAAGAACACACAGAGGGAGAAUCGUCAGGUUUGCACAACACAUUUCAGCCUCAUGGUGAUGAAGCGGCAAAUUCGUUCGCUGAUCCAUCGUUUGAAUAUCCUCUGGGUCAGGAUCCCUUGGAUAUACCGGCACUCCUGGAUCCGGAGGCGUGGUUAGAAAAUAUCCCAUAUAUUGUUGGCCAGCAUGAAGAGGAGGGGAAUACCCAGUUGACGCCUUCCACUGCCGUGGAGUCUGAUGCUGGACAGUCAACUGCCGUGGAGUCUGAUGCUGGACAGUCAAGCUCAGUGGAGUCUGAUGCUGGACAGUCAACUGCCGUGGAGUCUGAUGCUGGACAGUCGACUGCCGUGGAGUCUGUUGCUGGACAGUCAUCAAAUUCACUUCUGAGGGUGCUACAGGCUGGUGACGGCGACACCACGCCGGAAGAGUUACGGGAUAUUGACAACCACCCGUAUGUGCGACUUCCAGUGCUAGCAGACGAAGUGGUUGUCGGACAACUUGAUGUGAAAAGCCUUUUUGACUUACGCCGAGGCAAAAUGCAGUCUUAUUUUUUCCUGCUCACCUUGAGAAAGCUAUUUGCGCAGAGAAUACUCGGCCAAGGGGACGUGAACACGCUCAUAACUGCGAUAGAAGGGUUGAUCGGUGCUUCGUGGCACCAUGCACAGAGGCGUCGCCGGAGCAUUCGCCCCCUAUUUACAGCGGAAGCCUUUGGAAAGUACCUUUUGGCUUUUGAUGCGAUUGUGUGUGCAAUUCAACUUUUGGGGGAAUCCAUGAAGGUUCCGUUGUGGUGGGACCGAUUCGUCGGGGCUUUUAGCCUUUCUUUACCUCCGCCACCAAAGAACGGGCAAGCUGAUGCGGCUAACAGAAUGUUGGUAGAACGCCUACGUGAUGCGCUGACUAUCUACAUAACGAGAAGAAGACCAGAACUUAGGGAAGUAAUUACGCUUAAGAAGGCGCUGUUUUGCACUCCAGAUGCUCCCUGGCACUUUAAGGGUCGUAGAUGGGAUCCCUGGCGUGAUGAUGGGAACUGUUCGCGUGGCUCUCCCUCAGAAGAGCGAAAAUGA